AGUGGCUCGCUCGGAUUCCAUUUCCCUGGCUGCUGGUUUGGUCCCGCCGGACAGCGUCAGUACACACGUACUACGCUCACGGUCACGGGGGAGGGAGAAGGGAGGAAGAAAUCAUCGCGCGCCCGCCGCCCGUCGCCGUCGGCCCCCAACCCCCACGCACAGACAAGACGAGCUGCUGGGGCACACGCCAGUACACCACCGCCGCGGCGCGCCAGCCAAAUCCAGCCAAGAACUCGCCAAAAAACAAUUCCUCCUUUCCCUUUUGUGUGUUCCCACCCCGCACCGCACCCCGAGAACUCUACUGUCCCGGUAUAAUACGAGUGCGUGCGUGCGAACAAGCCGACGAUUCAAUCGCCGUCGCCACCUCCCACUCGCCUGGCCCGGCCUCCGAUCCGAUCCGAGACCCGUUGCCGCCGCCGCCGCUGCCGCUGCUGUGGGACUAGCUGCCGCAUUUGCUUCUGGGGAGGGCCUGGGAUGGCGCCGUAGCGGUGGGACGGGGAGCAGCUGGAUCUCUCCUGGGUUGCAGCUGCCGCCGCCGCCGCCGCGCUCCCUGCAAGCAACCGUUCGCGCUCUCACCUUGCCUCGUGUUCGUGGUAGCUGACUGCUGUUAGAUUGUGAUCUCUUCUUGCUGCUUUCGUCCUUAACUGUUGGUGGAAUUACAGAAGAUCAGACUGUCUCUUCGUCAGAAGUUAAGAAUAUCGCUUCUCUUUGGCUUCUGGUACAAUGGCAGCAACGUCGCCAAACAAUAUAAGGCGCAAAUACUCAUGGUGGUGGGACAGUCAUAUCUCCCCAAAGAACUCGAAAUGGUUGCAAGAAAAUCUUUCAGAUAUGGACAGUAAAAUUAAGCUGAUGAUCAAGAUCAUUGAAGAAGAUGCUGAAUCAUUUGCAAAAAGAGCUGAAAUGUACUACCGAAGGCGGCCUGAGCUGAUGACCUUACUUGAGGAGCUGUACCGUGCAUACCGAGCUUUAGCAGAAAGAUAUGACCAUGCAGCAGGAGAACUCCGACAAGCACAUCGAAAGAUAGCAGAAGCAUUUCCUGAUCAGGUUCUAAUGGACUUGGAUGAUGACCUUCCAGCAGAAACUUCUUCCAUUGGAACUGACAUGGACAAUCCAGACAUGGCUCCAUAUUUCCUCUCUUUCAUCAAUGCUAGUGAUUUGAAAAGGCAUGCUAAAGAUGACCAAGAUUAUGAGAGGCUGCAUAAAGAACUAGCAAGCUUAUCACAGGAAAACCAAGACCUCAAGGACAGGAUCUCGUCCAUGCUAGAGCAGGGCAACAAGGCUGAGUGUGAGAUUCUUCACCUCAAGGAGUCCCUUGCUCAACAAGAAGCAGAGAAGGAGGCUGCAGUUUCACUGUGCCAGCAAUCAACUGCUAGAUUACAAAACCUGAAGUCUGAAAUUAUGCAUACCCAGGAGAAAUUCAACAGGCUGAAAGAGGAGAUGCAAACUGAACCGCAACCCUUGAGGAAAGGAGAUGAACAUUUCUUUUUACUUGAAAGAGCUAAUCAGGACUUGCACUUGGAGCUAGAUAAUCUGAAACUUCUGUUGAAACAAAAGCAUGAUGAACUAAAUGAAAAGCAAGCCGGGUUGGAAAAGCUUCAUAUCUCUACAGAAGAAGAGCAUCUCAAGCGCAUGCAAGCAGAAAUGGCACAGCUUUCUUUGGAAAAACAAUUAUCACUGGCACAAGACAAACUGAGGCAUUUGGCUCUUGAGAAGCAGGUUGAAGUACACAAGAUAAAGGAGAUCGAAACAAGCAAAGUUGUGCUUCAGAAAGAACUGCAGAAGAUUCUUGAAGAGAACCAAAAGUUGAAUGAUCAAAGUCACUCUUCUUCGGCAGUGAUAAUUCGUCUGCAGGAUGAGAUAAUUUCUAUGAAAAAUGUGCAACGAAGACUGGAGGAAGAGAUUUUUCAGCAUGUGGAGGAAAAGAAGACACUUCAACAUGAGCUUUCUCAUCUUAAAGAGGAUAGGAGUGACUUGGAGAGGAAACACUCUACAAUCAAGGAACAGAUAGAAUCUGUGAACUUGAAUGUAGAAUGUCUACAAGCACUUGCACAAGAGCUGAGGGAUGGCAAUGUUGAGCUGAAAGAGAUUGUCAAGAACCAUGAGAGCAUUGAACUUGUGCAUAUUGAUAAUCUGAGAAAGUUGGAGAGGAUGUCAGAGACAAAUGCACAUUUAGAGAAGUCUUUGUCAGCUGCCACAGCUGAGCUUGAGGGAUUGAGGGAGAACAAAGUGGCAUUAGAAGAAUCGUGCAUGCACUUCAGAUCCAAGAUUAGCACUCAUCAGUCUGAGCGAGCUGUUCUUCUUGCGCAGAUUGAGGUAGUUUCUCAGACCAUGGAAGAGCUACUGGAGAAGAAUGUAUUCUUGGAGAAUUCAUUAUCUGACGCUAAUGCUGAACUUGAGAGUUUAAGGAUGAAGUUGAAAGAACUGAAAGAAUCUUCAGAGGCACUCCAAAAUCAGAAUUCUUUGCUUCAAUCUGAGAAGAGAACUCUUGUCCACCAGGUUGAGGGCAUCACUGUAACUCUGCUGAAUUUGGAAAGGCAAUACAAAGAAUUAGGAAGGCGACACUCAGAUCUGCAGAAGGAGAAGGACUCGGUGCUUGAUGAAGUGAUCAAGAUACAGGAACAGAUAAGGCUUGAGAGAAAGGAGCAUGAAAAUUGUACACAGUCAAGCAACACUAGAUUCGAUGCACUACAGAAAAAGAUUAGCCUAUUGCUAGAAGAGGGUAGGAACAGAGAGGUGCAGCUUGGAGAGGAGGAGCUCAAGAUUGUCAAAGCUCAGAUAGAGAUAUUUGUCUUGCAGCAGUGUUUGAAUGACAUGGUGGAAGUAAAUUCUGAAAUUGCAGCACAACUGCAAAAGAACAAAGAAAUAUGCAAGGUCCAGGAGGGGAAAAUGUACAGCUUAUCACAGCAUAAUCAGAAACUAACUGAAGGGAUUGAUUCAGUAGUGAGAGUAUUGCAUCUGGAUCAGAAGUAUGAAUCCUUAGACCAAAUGAAGCUUGAAAUCAUUGUACAGCUCAUCUUAAAUGAGAUAAGCUGCCUGCUGAAUAACAUAUCCGAUGCCCAGGAUGUGAAGCAGAAUGAGCUUGUUGAGAAGUCACUUGUUGUUACACUUCUGGAGCAUUUUGGGCAAGAGGUGGCUGACUUAAGGUCAGAGCGGAAUGUCUUGAGGCAUGAUCAGCAGAUAAAGAAUGAGGAACUGCUCCAGCUGCAGAGAGAAAAGGAGGAACUUAUGAAGAUAAGUGAUGAAUUCUUGGAAGAGGUGGAGGCUCGUAAUCACAAAGUGGAUGAGCUAAAGGCUGAGGCGAAGUUCUUAGUUGUAAGGCUCUCGGAACUGCAAGAGUCUAGGAGGUCAUUGCAAAGCGAGAUCACCAAGCUAUUACAAUCGAACUCUUUUCUAUCAAAUGAACUAAAUGACUCCAUUGAGAAACAGAAGAUGUUUGAACAUGAUUUCAGCAAUCUUGUUACUGAAGCUGUCAGCAAAGAUAUUCUUAGUGUGAUUUUUAGAAGCCUUCACGAAGAGAGGACAUUGCAGCUGAAGUCUUUGCAUAAUAACUUUGGCUGUCUGCAAUCAGCCGGCAGUGAGCUUUAUCAGGAGAUCAAGAUGAUGAACAAGAGGCUUGGAGACAUAGAAAUUGAGAACAAGUACCUUGGCAAAGAACUAAGUAGAAUUAUGAGUGUUUAUGGUGGAUCUAUUGUGCAAACUGCAACAGGAAAAGGAAAUCUAGGGCGAAGAGACCUUCUGAAUUCUAGCAGGAAAACCCAACAAGAUUAUCAUGUAAAUAUGGAAGUGGAACAACAAGAUGAAGUUAGCAGUGCUGAUUUUCAGGAAUCAAAUGAAAUGCUACAUGAUGAGGUGCGUAAGUUAAGGGGUGAAGUAGAAAUGCUCAGGAGCAAGGAGAAGGCUGCGUUCAACAUCAAAUCUUGUGAUGAAGAGAUAAUGAAAUUGCUGGCUAACAUGCAAAUGGCUAUCAUGAAUGCAGCUCUGUUCAAGGAGAAGGUCCUUGAGCUCAUCAUAACAUGCGAGAGUUUUGAGAUAAGUGCCAUGGUACAGAAGGAGGUUCUGAAGGAAGAAAUCAUACAAAGAAAUUCGUAUGUAGAUGAGCUAAAGGACAAACUAAAUGCUGUUGAGAUUGAGAACAGAAGGCUGAAGGUCGACCUAAAUGGUGAUUUCACAAUGUUAGGGUCAUUGCAGUCUGAAGUCAAUGCCUUGGAGGAACAAACCUUGUCCCUUGCCAACGAACGCUUGCAAACAAAUAAGCUCAGUAUGGAGGAAAAUGCAUUAUCUCCUCACCUUGUGAAGACCACAACACGAUCCAGUGGCGAAGAAAAUGCAUUGAGGAUGGUGAAGAGCAUGGAGCUGCAGAAAUUGCAUGGAACAAUCAAAGCCCUUCAGAAGGUGGUCACAGAUACUGGUGUCCUCCUGGAACAAGAGAGGCUUGAUUUCAAUGCCAAUUUGCAAGAAGCGAAGAAGCAGAUUGAGGUGCUAAAGCUCAAGGAGAUCUUGGAUGAUGAUAUAAUUGAAAUGAAUUACGAGCAGAUGUUAAAAGACAUACAGCUUGACCUCAUUCAAACUUCUUCAGGCCGGAAAACUAGUCCAUUUGGUCAGGAAAAGAAAAAUGUAGCACAACUAGAUGACAAGAUGGUAAACUCACGUGGCACCAUCGGGCCAAGCCAUGGACAUGUGGCUGAUGACUUCAGACCGCCGCAAAGUGAGUCAUUUGGGAGAGAGAACAAUUUAAUGGUUGUGAAAGAGCUCAGCAUUGACAAGCAAGAGCUACCGAGGCCACUUGCCACGGAGCCGCACGAGGAGUGGAGAAACAAGGUCGUAGAAAGGCUGUCUUCUGAUGCCCAAAGGCUUAGCACCCUCCAAUCCAGCAUCCAAGAACUUAAAACAAACGCUGAAACAUCUGAAGAGCUAGAACUCGAGAGCGUCAGGUACCAAAUAAGAGAAGCUGAGGGUACCAUCAUGCAGCUGAUCGAUACCAACAGUAAGCUGUCCAAGAAGGCUGAGGAGUUUACGUCUCCUGAUGGUCUCGAUGCGGAAAACAGUGACUUGAGGAGCAGACAUCAGCGUAAGAUCUUGGAGCGUGCAAGGAAGAUGUCUGAGAAGAUUGGGAGGUUGGAGGUGGAAAUGCAGAAGGUCCAGCAGGCUCUGCUGAAAUACGAGGAGGAGCAGAAUAGCAGAAAGACCUCAAAAGCCCUGCAGCGGCGGUCCAAAGUGCAGCUCGUAGAGUAUCUCUAUGGUCGACGGCGGGACAGUCGCAAACAACAGCGGAACUCGCCUUGUGGUUGCAUGAGAGCGAAAACCAUCGAUGACUAACUCGCCUUUCAUGCCCUGCUUUUUUUCUAAGGCGUAAUGGAAGGCCAAUCUUGUCAGCUUCAGAAAUGUAUCAAGUCUUCUGUUUUAUUCAUGUUCAAUGUAGAUAAAUGAGUGCGUGUAUAAGGGUUGUAAAUUGUAGCCAUGUACAAUAACCCUCUGUUAUAAAUGACCGUUCAGCUUGUAAAAUUAUUGCUAACAUUUUGCUGCUUGUAGCUUCUGAUCAUGUUCCAUAGGUCUAAACUCUGAAGAGUAUUUUUCUUUCCAUAAAUAGGAGAGGACAUAGAACUGGUUUGAGUCUUGGACGAUAUCAUUUUGUGUGAAUUUUGUACAAAGAUGACAGAAAAGGAAACUAGUAUUUGCUAA